AAAGGAUGUUCCAAUAUUAUUCAGCUACCAGGUUCUUACUGGCGUUUGAAGAACACGAAGGGGCCCACAGAGGCCUUAUAAAAAAAAAUGUAACUAUAAUUGUCUUACAGCAGCUCCUCUGGUGUUUGCUAAUAUCCACAUUCCAUGCCUGGCAGAUACUCAGAAUAUAGGAAAUCACAAGCUGUGUCGCGCAUUCCCCAGUUUGAACACAAGGUGGCAGCACCGAAUUGACUGGUACUAUCCGUGCCUGCUAUCUGUUCUCGUUUAAUUACCACUGCUUCUGUGCAAAGAUCAGAUUCCUGGAGAAAGCCGCGUCUUGUUUAUUUCGCUAUAGGAAAGCGCACUCGGUGGGGAAAUACAGAGGCGAUCAUGGGCCGUUUGGAUGGAAAAGUGAUUGUUCUGUCAGCUGCAGCACAAGGCAUUGGAAGGGCUGCGGCCAUUGCAUUUGUCAAUGAAGGAGCUCAGGUCAUUGCAACAGACAUCAAUGAAACAAAGCUAAAAGAACUGGAAGCUUAUAAAGGUAUUCAGACAAGAGUUUUGGAUGUCACUAAAAAGGAUCAGAUUGAAAAAUUAUGCAAAGAAAUUGAUAGAGUCGAUGUUCUCUUCAAUGUAGCUGGGUUUGUGCACCAUGGAACCAUAUUGGAUUGUGCAGAGGCAGACUGGGAUUUCACCAUGAAUGUAAAUGUCCGUAGCAUGUACCUUAUGAUUAAAACAUUCUUGCCCAAAAUGCUUGCUCAGAAAUCAGGAAAUAUUAUUAACAUGUCUUCUGUGGCAUCAAGCAUUAAAGGUGUGGUGAACAGGUGUGUGUACAGUACAUCAAAGGCAGCAGUCAUUGGCCUGACCAAAUCGGUUGCGUCAGACUUCAUUGAGCAAGGCAUCAGAUGUAACUGUAUUUGUCCUGGGACGGUGGAUACUCCAUCUUUAAGGGAAAGGAUUCAAGCAAGGCCAGAUCCUGAACAGGCUUUUAAGGACUUUCUUGCACGACAAAGGACUGGCAGAAUGGCUACUGCAGAAGAAGUUGCCCAUCUUUGUGUGUACCUGGCAUCUGAUGAAUCUGCAUAUGUCACUGGUAAUGAGCACAUUAUUGAUGGAGGUUGGAGUCUGUGAGCUACGCUGGAUGGCAGUUGAAGGGUCCAAAUACAUUUUCUGUAUUCAACAUGAAGAUAUGUUAUGUAAUGUUUGAAGAAUUUGCCUUUCAUUCUUUUUAAAGACUUAUAAGAAUAAAUUUCAACAGCUUUUUGCAUUA